AAUAAUGCAUUCGUGAAAGACAAUUGGAGAAAUAAUUAAUUCAAAAUUAGAGACUUUUGCAUAGCAUGAAGCACCUUUUAGCGUAUAUCACUUUUGAAUGCAGUCAAAAAGUUUACGCCAAAAAGCCUCUAGUACUUGAACAUACACAAAACAUGGAUAUUUCUUGGGUACUUGAACAGCUGAGCAGUGAUGUAAUCGGGCUUUAUGUGCCAAUGACCUUUGAUUUUGCUAUUAUGAAUUAUAGUAUAUGCAGCCUCAGUAUGAGUUGCUAUCGUCUCCUGCGUGAUCUUUGGGACACUCUAGAGCCGCUGAUUAAUUUGAAUAUUUUUUUAUGUAUACAGAGGUGAUUAUCCUUUCACAAAACUCAGUAUGAGUGGAAUCAGUGCAUGGUCGAAAAUAUUUUAUGGAAAAAACGGACCGCUUGAAGCUGCUAUGAAAUCAUGUUUCUUAAUUCGAAGUUUAUCGUCAUCCCGCCCGUGUAAUUCGUAUGUAGGUGAUAUUCGUCUGCAAAUGACUCUAAAAAGAAGCAAAAGUAAUGAGCAUUUGCCCUAUAAAGAUGGGCGAUUUUUGGUUAUUGACCUUACCAAAAGUAAAGUACUUCUUUCUGCAAAACCCCAGGAUCGUUUUGGAAGAAAAUCUUUGUCUUGGAUUCAUUAUGAAGAUCUGAACAAAAUUGGAGUGAACAUCAAAGAAAAUGCGCAUUUUCUCUGUGUUACUCAUGGAGAACCUAAUUUUGUAGUUAAUGUUUCAAAAUUGUCAGAAGAGUCAAAAAACACUCUAGAAUCUAAAGCUAAUGCAAAAUUCAUUGCUUUACGUUCAUCCCUUUUCAGUCUCGAUGGUAGCAUUGACAUGCCUUUGGUUUCUCAGAGCCAUUCGCUAUUGGAUUGGAAGUUAAAACACAAAUUUUGUGUGUACUGUGGGAAUGCCCUAGAAGAUGGAUUAAUUGAUUUUCACAAAAGGUGCACUGGAUGUAAAACUGUUCAUUACCCUACUGUAAAUCCUAUUGGUAUAUCCUUAAUUUGUAAUGAACAGUGCAGCAAAAUUCUCCUCGUAAGGCAACCUAUACAUCCUCCUAGAAUGUUUACAUGUGUUGCUGGUUUUAUUGAAUCAGGUGAAACUAUAGAAGAAAAUAUCAAACGUGAAGUUGCUGAGGAAUUGGGUUUGGAAGCAAAGAGCAUUCAAUACGUUGGAUCCCAACACUGGUCACUGCCAGGCAGUAAGCUCAUGAUAGGAUGCUUUGCAACGGUUACUGAUGAGAAUUUUUCCAUCGAUUCAGAGGAACUGGAGGAGGCGUGUUGGUUCAGCCCUAAGGAAAUUCACAAUGCUCUUAAGAGAGUGACUGAAAAGAAAGAAAAAGUAUUGGACAACCCAGAGGAUAUAUGGAUUCCACCCCCUGGGGCAAUUGCUCAUUCUUUAAUAAAGUUGUGGUUGCAAAAGCAUGGUUGAAAAUGGCUUUAUUUUCACAAACUUGAAGUACCUUAAAUGAUACAAACACUUGUCAAAGAUGAGAAUGAAGUAUUGUGUCCCUGAGUUAUUAGGUACAAUUAAUAGAUUUUCAAUUUUAGAAUUGAACUCUUGUAUUUCCUGAGGGGCUCCCUUGAGACCUUGCCACACCCAUCAAAAGGACAGAUAAUAGAUUGUGAACCUUGUUCAGUUAUUAAUUUUCAAUAUGUGAUUUAAUACUGCAUUACUUUGUCAAAAUAGGGUGACUGUUCUCAUUUUAUAACUGAUUUCUAAUUAAGCUAACAGAACAAAUGGCUUUUGUGAGGUAUUGAAGCAGUAAGUCCAUUAAAACUAUGAGAGAAUUUGAGUUUGUUUUCAACAAAUGGUACGUACAAAAUAAAGUUAAGCAAGACAUCAUUAGAACAAAUGAUACUUGUCAAUGUACUAUCUCUAGUCCUGUCAGAAAUAUCUUUAAAGAGUUUAGAGUACUGACUCCUAUCCACCUAGAGAUAACUAAUUAAUAUCUAUUCUUCAAUUAUAAUUUGUGGUUUGGAGACAAAUCUUAACUAAUCACAUACUUCGAAAACCACAUAAAGUUUAAUAGAUUCUCCAGUACUCCAAGACAAUAUAAGACAAUCAGCAGUUCUACAUCUGAAUGAUCUUUACUGACCAAAUGCCAAUGCAUUGAAAGCAGUGACACUGAUAUUUCGACCAUCUUAUCGUGGUCUACGGGGCCAAAGUGUCAGAUCAGGAAGAAAAGACCAUAGUGGUUCUCAAUAGCACUUUAGCCCUGAAGAAGGUCAUGAUAAGAUGGUUGAAACCAGAGUAUAUAUGAUGGUUGAAACCUUGGAAUCACAAUCUUUGUUGCAGUGGCACCUGGACAGCAAGAUCAUUCACAUGACUUGGAGGGGUUACAACAGCAGAACUACAUGUUUCUUUCUAACAGCAACGUAUUUUCUAAAUCUCCUUUAAAAUAUUAAAUCAAACCAAUAAUUUUUUGCAAAAGCCAUUUGAAUGUGUUGACCUUAUCAGCUUUCACCUUAUCAGAAAAUAACUACAUAAAUGUGUACUAACACAUAAUUGUGAAGUAGGUGUAAUGUGUUUGGUUUAAGAAUAGAUAAAAUAAAUAAAAAUUUUCCAGACUUGUAAACUUUCCCUCGUAUUUGGAUCAAUGACACAGUGCCUGUUUCUAUUUUUUUAGUAAGUGGCCACCCUGUAAAAUGUCAAAAUCUUCCCAAUGGGAUUAAAACAUACAUAACCCAUUCAUCAAACAUUGAAUUAAUGUUACAAUCCAUGUAUCAAAUAGUGAAAUAAUGUUUUGUAUU